AUGAGCUCACGAUCAACUCCACGACGAAGAAAAGUCGUCUCGACGUCCCACGCGCUGGACCUUCUAAACAACUUGAACGCCAAAGAGGUCACCCACGAGCCGAAGUCCAGCACCCCUUACCGCCCCCGCUCGUCCCAUCGCUCUAAGAUCAACGAUGAUUGGGUUCCCCGAGGUGAUGCCAUCUGGGACGUCCCCCAGGGACCAGAUGAUGACCGAUCCGCCCCGUUCAAACGCGUCGCCUUAUCGGAGCCCUUGACUCCCCGCAGAUCGUCUCGGUUGCAGCCGAAAACUGCUAGUAAGACCACACCCUCUCGGAAGGCGAAACGACGCGCGAAUUUAAAGCUUAAGGAAAAGGAUGAUCGGGAGGGGGAGUCAGGGUCUGAGCCUGAGCGCGAGUCUGGAGGAGGCUCGGAUAAUCGACCUGACGAAGAAGCAGACGAGGAAAACACUGGUCCGGUUGAGGAAAAUCAGGAGAGUGGUGGAAGUGACGUGAGCUAUGUGGAUGUUGUAGAGGACCACGGAGAUACUGAGUUCCCCCAACCUGUGCUGGAUUCGCCUCAUAACGUCCCCCAAUCAAACCGACUUUCUCCAUUUGAUGUUCAGAAACGAGUAUCAGCUCUCAGAGCAGCUUUACACAGGGGACCAGAUGAGAGUAGCGCUGGAUCGAGAGAUCAAUCGCUUAAUGAGCCUGGAAGUGAAUAUGGAACACCGCGCGAUCACCCGUCACAGCAAACAGAUGAGCCACACCCUGGGUCUGAUAAUGCUUACAGUGCACACGAACAGCAGAGAAGCUCCCCCGCCGUCGUUAUCGUAAACCGUGCUACGGACGCUAGGAGCUCUAUGGGCGGGGAAGGAUCACCAGUCCAUUCGCCAGAGUCUCCCAGGAGGAAUACGCCACUGGAGGACAUCCCGCAACCUUCACCUGUGCAAGCAGAAUCUGGGGACUUGGCUGAUGAAGUGGGGCUUUAUGAGGCGGAAGAUGAGAACGUCGGAGUAGACCACACAAACAUCGCCGAUGAGGACGAGUCUUCCAAUUAUAUUCCAACAGAUGAUGAGGCGGAAGAUGAGAGCAUCGAAGCAGACUACACAAACAUCACCGUUGAGGGCAAGUCUUCUGCUCAUAUUCCAACAGAUGAUGAGGACAGCGUGAGAGAUCGCCCCACACGAUCCGGGCUGUUUAGGUACGAAACCGACCCAGAGAACCUGUCUACGCCGCCAAGCAAGAGACGCCAAACCUCAAAUCAAGAGCUAGUCCCAGAACAUGGGAGACAGAGUCGUGAAAGAAGCACUGUGACUUCUCGAGCCGUCAACUCCUUGAACUCUCAGGAAGACCAGACCGAGCCUCUACAACCCCGUCACACUCUAAACGACAUCGAGCAACACGUUGAGGACAUUUCCGAGGAUGAUUCCGAGAAUGAUCCCGAUGAUGAUACCGACGAGGAGGCAUGGUUGCACCAGGCCCUCAAAAUGGCUGGCCAGAAGAACAACUGGGACACGCUGGUAGUUCAGGCUCACCGCGUGAAAAAGACUGCUAACCCUUCUAUGGCCGAAUAUUAUAAUGAUUUUGCGGAUCUAACCUCCACCUUGCAAGCAAAAUAUGUGAAGAUUGUACGCUACCUAGACGCCCGACGUGAACCUCGCGGUGCGACAGUGCGCGAUUGCGAUGAGCUUCUUAACGCAAUUCUUAGUGACGGGACCUCUUCGGUGGACUAUAUCGUCGAACAUAAAGACGACGAACCGGAAGCAGGCCAACCGAGCAGUGAAGAGACACUGGACGAAUUUGAAGCCUGUCUUGUAUCGGGAAUGAUGGGUGUGUUGCUCGCCUGUUUCGAAGCUUACUGCAAGGAAGACGGUCUCUUCCCCAAAGCCUACGAGCACUUGCACCGGGUGCUGAAUGUGUUUCUACGAUUAUGCUACAAGAUAUACUGUGUAGUAGAUGCGGGUUACGUGGACUCCCAAAACCGUAGCCGUAGUCUGCAGCUCCCGCUCAAAAAGCUCAUCACCGCGUUAGAGAAGGACUUAUUUAAGGGCAGUGCACCGCAGCCGGAAUCUGUGCCAGCCAUGUCCAUCAAGCAUGGGAGACCAUGGACCGAUGACGAGGGGUAUGCUCUUAUAGAAGGACUGCAGCGUUACCAGGGUCGGGAUCGCUACGCUCGAAUUUUGAAACAUUUCGGGGAACGGCUCCGUGGGCGGACGAUCCGGGGUACGCGCGAAAAGGCGAGGCAGUUGCAUGAUAAGCUUCUCUCCACGGUGGUCGACCCGGACGUUCUCCAAACGGAAGAAGGACGGCAACAGUGGUACUGGCUCCUGAGUGUGCGGGAGGAGUGA